CUCAUCUCAGCUACUCGUGCCCGGAGGUUUUCCUCAGGUGGAGAGGAGGAUGGGUGGAAUCAAAGCCUUAACAGACUCCAAGGUGGUAUAGGCCGUAUGAUUCUGAAGGAGGAGAUGAAAGCCAGGUCUGGUUCCUAUGACAAUGACCCGUGGAGCAGCGCACGGAACUCCCGCACCAACUCCCGCACCAACUCCCGCACCAACUCCCGCAGUGGCAGCAAAGAGGCCCUGCACAAUGUGGGCUACGGUAACACUGUCAACGGAUCUCCCACCAGAUCCCACUACAGUACAGACAGUGACUCCUUUAUCUCCAAGUCAGCCUCGUUGCCAGGCUAUGGCAGGAACGGACUGCACAGGCCCCAGAGUGCAGAUUAUUUCCAGUACGACAGCAGCAGUGCAGUUAACUGGGGAAUCCGAGGUUAGCAAUCGUGGCUUUACCUUUCAAUAAUUUCACUUACAAAUUACAUAACCAAUGAGAAUAUGAAUAAAUGUGUUGAUCAGCUCUUUUUUUUCUCUUUUUCUACAGAAUACAAAGUAAGAUGUUAUGCAAAUUAAUGAACAAACUGACUAUCACUGAACCAAAUGUAAGCUGGCUGUAGAGAACACUAGUAGUGAACACUAGUAGAAAACACAAGUAGUGAACACUAGUAGAGAACACUAGAAGAGAACACUAGAAGAGAACACUAAUAGAGAACACUAGUAGAGAACACCAGAAGAGAACACCAGAAGAGAACACUAGAAGAGAACACUAGAUUAGAACACUAGUAGAGAACACUAGUAGAGAACACUAGAAGAGAAAACUAGUAGAGAACACUAGUAGAGAACACUAGAUUAGAACACUAGUAGAGAACACUAGAUUAGAAAACUAGUAGAGAACACUAGUAGAGAACACGAGUAGAGAACGCUAGGAGAGACUGUUAGGAGAUAACGCCAGUAGAGAAUGCUACUAAAGAACACUACUAGAGAACACUAGAAGAGAACACUAGUUGAGAACACUAGAAAAGACCACUAGUAGAGAAAACUAGUAGAAAACACUAGUAGAGAACAUUAGUAGAGAACACUAGAAGAGAACACUAGUAUAGAACACGAGUAGAGAUGACUAGAGGAGACCACGAGUAGAGAAAACGAGUAGAGAAUGCUAAUAGAGAACACUCAUAGAGAACACUAGAAGAAGACACGAGAAGAGGACACUGGUAGAGAACACUAGAAAAAACCAGCAGUAGAGACUAGUAGUAGAGACCACAAGUAGAGAAUACUAGUAGAGAACACUAGAAGAGAACGCUAGGAGAGAACAUUAAUAGAGAACACUAGUAGAGAACACUAGAACAGAACACGAGUAGAGAGAACAGGUAGAGAACACUAGAAGAGAACACUAAUAGAUAACACUAGAAGAGGACACUGGAAGAGACCAGUAGUAGAGACAAGUAGUAGAGACCAGUAGUAGAGAACACUAGAAAAGAACACAAGUAGAGAACACUAGAAUAGAAC